UUCUCGGGACGCCAACAGGUCGAGCAGGAGCGCCUGGGUGGAGCCGCCGCGAGGGGGGGGCCGCGAGGGGGGGAGGAAUGUGACUCAGGGACGAGUCGCCGCCGUUUGCGCCGCCGCACCGCUGCUGUGUUGUGCUGUGCUCCGCUGUGCUCGCUCGUGUGGUACCGGACCGGUCUCCUCCUGUCACCUUGUGUCCGACCGCGGAAGUGGGCGCUUCGCAAAGCGACCCGUUUUUUUCCUGCUUUUUUUUUUUUUUCUUUCUUUCUUUCUUUCUUUCUUUCUUUCUUCGCCUCGGACUGGGAUUCGGACUGGGACUCGGACUCGGAGUGAGCCCACUUCACUUCGCUUCACUUUCGCUUCACUUCACUCCACUUCUCCAGCUCCGGCCGGGCAUAAUGGACACGGGCUCCUCCGCCGCGAAUCGCGCUUCCUGACGGACCCCCGCCGAACAGCCGAUCCCACCAGGCUGAGUCCCCCCCAGGCCUGCCAUGGCGCACCGCUCACAGUGCUCCUCUUUGGGGGACAAUCCACUGGACCCGAACUACCUGCCGCCACACUACCGUGAGGACUACCGCCUGGCCAUUGAUGCACUGGUGGAGGACGACGUACAGGGAUAUAAUGAGUUCCUGCAGCGAGCAGGCACGGUGGACUUCCUGUCGCGCCCAGAGGUGGAGCACAUUCGGAACACGGUGCAGGCCCCACGACACAUCUCCCAGCCGGAGCUGCUGUACACGGAGAACGAGGCCGACGGCUCCUCUGACACCUACUGGCCCGUCCAUUCGGACCUGGAGGCUCCGGUGCUGGAUCUGGGCUGGCCCGUCCGCCACAGCUUCAUCGGGCCCACGGAGGUCACCACGCUGGUCAACCCCUCGGACCCUGAGAUGCCCAGCAUUAAGGAGCAGGCCCGCAGACUCAUCAAGAGGGCUCAGCAAGUUGUCGCUGUGGUUAUGGACAUGUUCACAGAUGUGGACAUCUUUUCGGACCUGCUGGAUGCUGCAGCCCGGCACAUUCCUGUCUACAUCCUGCUGGACGAGCAAAAUGCACACCACUUCUGCACCAUGGUCACCAGUUGCAGAGUCAACUUGGAGAUGGUCCCGAUGAUGCGUAUUAGGACGGUGUCAGGCAUCACCUACUUCUGCCGCACAGGAAAGUCCUUCAAAGGCCAGAUGAUGGACCGCUUCCUGUUGACAGACUGCCAGGCAGUACUCAGCGGCAAUUACAGCUUCAUGUGGUCUUUUGAGAAGAUCCAUCGUUGCAUCGCUCACUUGUUUCUUGGGGAGCUGGUGACCACCUUUGACGAAGAAUUCCGGAUCCUGUUCGCUCAGUCACAGCCACUGGUCUUAGAAAAUGCCCUUGUUCCACUUCCCAGGGAUAGCAGCACCUAUGGUGGCAGUCAGUUUAGCUUCAAGAGGAGCCAGUCGUUCAGAAACCCUCGAGGGGUCCCUUACCUCAAUAUGGAGAGCUCUCGCCAUGCAGAACUGUCAGGAUACCCCUUUGGAGAACGCAUGGAUAUCGAUCGCAGCACGCUUCCCUUCCGGAGAGACGAUCACUUGCGUCAUACUUCCACGGAACUCGGUCCCGUGCAGAUGUCAAGCAAUAAGUUCUUGAGAAUGGAGCGAUCUUUCUUUGAUCAGGGCAGGUCGAUUAUGGCCUCCAGGCAGAUGGAGAUGAACGCAUACAAGAGGCACAGUUAUGCAGAGGGGACCCAUGAAAGCUUCACUUCUGCCAGACAGUUCAUGAAGCAUCGAGUCAUGAACAACCUAGAGGAGAUGGAGUCUCAUUUCCAGAGUGAGCAGCACCACUACCAAGGGGGAGGUCCAGGCUCAGGGUUUGGCCAUUACAACAAAAUGAGAAGCCAAGGUUACCAUCAGUCAGAUCAGUACUUGGAGUCAGAAUGCCCACCUGAAUUUGAAGCAGCAGGCAGCUACAGCCACAUGGUUGACCACUUGUCCCCUGACACCUCUAAGGCCGCGAUGCACGAACACAGGAACCUUGUGGCCUCAGGUGGGGGUCGCUACACUCAGACAAAACCAACAAGGCCAAGUAUGGGCCACUCGUAUGCCUGUCAGAGCUCUCCCACUCAGCCUCAUCCCCCUGACCUAAAGCACUUGUUCCCUGGAGGUGAUGUGGACCGGCUGCCUCAAGACCCCAGUGCGAAGCAGGGAUUGCGAAACUGGAGGAUCACCUCGUACCUCAGUGCCUAUGAAAACACGGAGCAGGAGGGUCUGCCACAACCCUUAGGGCCUGACGCCUUCGAAGAUUACCCCCAACCAUCAGAAGGGAAGCUGCAUGGGUCAGAAUCGUCAGUGCCCAGGUUUGGCGCCCGCGAGUUCCCCAACAUUCCUUCUGAACGGGCCGAUCUGCUCCCACGUUACGGUAAGCCCGUCCUGACCAGGCCUCAAGCUGUUCCAGAGCCUGGGGAUCAGGCUUCCGCAGGAAUGGACUACAUGCAUACUUCUGGAAUGUCAGGUACCAAAAAAGGUGACAAGUUGGAGGAGGUGCAGAAAAGGGAGCCCAGAGAGAUCAGCAUUACCAAGCAUGAGUCUUUUCGUAGCAGGCUAAACCCCAUGCUCCAGAGGAGUUCCAGACUGCGGUCUUCACUGAUCUUCAGUUCUUCCAAGCUGGAACAGCACAGCUCCUUGGCACUGAGAAGUGGCUCAGGUGCUGAUGCCAACGAGGAAGACGAGACAAAUUCUCUAAAAACCUCCUCAAUUGUUGCUCAAAUUUUGGAAAAGAGGAGAUCCAUGUCCAGAGAACCAUUUGAGUUGAGUAACUGCAAGAAGACAGAUGCAAAGGACACUGCACCUGUAGAUACUUCACAGCCAGAUGUGUCUACUAAAGAGGCAGAAAGUGGAGCUUUGGUGAAUGAUCCUCCAGCAAAGGAACAGGGAAAAGCCCAGCCCUCGGACAGUUGCCCACAAACCCAACACAGCACAGCGCCCUCAACAAAUAUGAAUGAUCCAGAGAGCAGGCUUUUGUAUUUCAAAGAACUCGCUGCCAAGCGUAAGGCGUCAAGGCUUGCAGUGGAAUCGACAACCAGAAGCCCAGAGCCUAAACCAAAAAAACCAGACCUUUCAGCGAUUCCACCGGACACUUCAACCCAAAAGCCUGUCAACACUGUCACGUUGACAGAAUUGAAUUCUGUGAAGGCACCAGCGGAGGUGGAGUCAGAUACUCCAAUGGUCUCUGUGAAACCAUCGGAAAUGAACGAAGGUGAGCCUCCAUCCUCCAAGCAGAGAGAAGUGAAGAACGGUGACAAAUCGCAGAGGAAAGAGUCUCUGCCACCAAAGACCCCGAUACCUCUGCCAUCUCCCAAGUUUUUAAAGAAAGAUUCACUGAAACCAUUCAAAAGCAGCCACUUCCGGCGUAUCUCGUGCGACGAGGACAUGCUUACAGAUGCCACUGAUGCAGAAAAGAGUGAAAUGAAAAAGUCUCGCUGUCGCAGCUCCUCCAGCAGUGUGUCUCAAGGGGAGCUGGGGGAGAAACUGCAGAAAAACUUGGGCUCCAGCACUUCUCUCAACGUCCUGGAUGGGGGUGGGGAGGGCAAGCAGGAUAAAAAGCCACUGGAUUUUCUCAAGAAGCAAACUCAAAGGCUUAAAGGACUGCUUAGCACUAAGGGGGAUAAGAAAGCGGCAGCUGCUGAGGAAAAAGCAGCUCAAUCAAUGCGCACAGUUCCUGAAGAUUCUGAGGAGUCCAAUUCAAAGUUGACAGCGUCCCCGAGCCCUGGCCGCACGUCAAAUGCUGAUAAUAAUGCAGUGACGGCGGAGAGCAAGGGAGAGAAAUCCAGCAAGCCAGCAACCAAACCGAGCCAGUCUCGCUACCAGUCCUCCACCACCAACAUUCUCUAUAGUAGCAACCUACGCGACGACACCAAAGUCAUCCUGGAGCAGAUCUCCGCAAACAGCCAGAAGAAUAGGACAGAUGUGGCCAAGCAGUCACCUGGCAGCGCAGCGGAGGCCAAAGAAGUAGAGGGAGACAAACGGACCCGCACAGAAACGGAGCCGUCCAUCACCUACUACAGCAGGAAUCGCUUCCAGCAUUCCCAGAGCAACUCCCACGAGAGGGACAGUUUGCUGAAACGGAUCGAGAGCUUUCGCAAGGAAAAGAAAGUGUACAGCCGCUUUGAGAUGGGGAAUACCCUGGGAUAAGGGAGGAGGAGGAGGAGGAGGAGGAGGAGAAGUCGGCUCUAGUGGCACGGAGAGAAAGGCCACACUUUUCCCAGCUCUGUUCACUGUAAGAAAGAAAACAGCCUCUGCCUUCUUUGGGUUGAAGGCCGCAUAUUUUAGAGCAUGCAAGCAAGUGUGUACGGAUGCCAAACGGAGCCCAUUCCAGCGAGCAGAGCCUCAAGCACUAGUAGACCAUUCCAUUUGGUGGAAGGAAUGUGAAUAAGAUGUCAGCCCUGCAGUGCAGACAAUGCUCAUCUUGACGUUCGCUUUGUUUUAGUCACCGUCUUCGUCGUUCCACCGGUUAUUUGUACCUCUCCGCAUGCCUCUGUCUGAGGUUAUUCAUAAUCUCAGGAACACUUCAGAGAAAACAAGCUAAGCCUUCAAGCACAUGCAGCCCCAAAGGCGCUAUAUUUGUGUGUGCAUCUACAUGUCAGUGUGUGUGUGUGUCUUCACAUGUACGUGUGUAGUGUUGGGGCAGUUAUCUUCAGGAAGCAUUUAUAGAUGAAGGGCACAAAGUACUGAACCAGCACAGGCAGCCAGUAUAGUGGAAUUAGUGUGGCUCUUCUCAGUGUCACAAUGUUUUGUGGAAGUGCAGCCAUCGCAGCCAUCUUCCAGGAGAUCCCCUGCAUGUUGAUCCACGAAAGAGAACAAAGGUGUCUAAAGGAGAGAGGAAAGAAAGAAAGAAAGAAAGUGAGAAAGAGAACACAUGAGGGCAGAGGAUACAAGAAGAAAGAAAACGAAUGUGACUGUCUAGUGAGGAGAUCCAUACAUUUACGAGAGAAGGGAAUGCUUUGCCACACACCUGAGAAAUGUGUACAUACACACUUGAUGUGAAUGACCUUCCUGACUUGAUGCCUUUCUGAGGAUACAGACCUGCUGCAUCUGAACCAGUUCUGGGAUCAGUUGCACACGAUCACUGUCAGUUUUCUUUUACACACCAAAGGAUCUGAAAAGCACAAUAUACACACAACAAACUGAAAGAGCCAUAUAUCUUUACAUUUUUGUGCACAGUGUGAGAAAAUUACUUUUAAAAAUAGCAGGCAGUGAAAUUUAAGGAAAACUACAGCUCAAAUGCUGGUAUCCACAACAUGUAUCUUUAUUUAGUAUUUGUAAUAUAUUUUGUAUAUGACGUGUGUCAUUUCUGUGAGAGAACUUGAUUAUGGCAUUUUUUGUUUUUUCGACCAGAAGAUGCCUCCUGCCCUAAUUUUGGUACCGGUAAUAUUUUAGCAGAAAUGGUUAAUGUGUUUAAUUCUUCACGUGUUUGGUCUAACGUGUUUCCAUAUGGUCAUCACUGUCAUGCAACAUCAAUGCAAUGUGAUUUUCACAAAUGGGUUGUUUUUUCAGGAAUUAAAAUUCAUUGUAAGCAAUGCGCCUCAUUCUGGGCACAUUUUUUGGUAACUGGUACAUUUACAAAUGCCAAAUCUACUAGAUUCACAAGGAUCAGGACAACAGCACAGUGUGUUUCUUUUAAGCUCAUUGCAGAAUUAGGGCAGGACCGCUUGAGAAAGAUCGUUAUUACCAUCACAUAUUGUCACCAAGCAGCUGUCAUACAGUGAAGUCGCCUCCCUGUUGUUAAGUGCACAAACAGUUGGUAAGGAGGAACACUUGGAUCCAUUGUGCGCUAUUCCUAUUUUUACCCAUCUUUGAGGAGCCAUUGAUCGGUAUUCGGGAGAGGAGCUUUCUGACAGUGUCCAGUGCAGCUGGGCUGUGGAUGUUUCGUUAACUGUGAAAGUACUUUGUUUAGCUUGCUCUUUGUGAGCUACUUUGUUCACUUUUCUUUCAUCUCUUCUAGUGCGUAUACAGUCGUGUGCUAAAACAAACAUGCUGAGCUAUCACUACGAGAUGGAUAACAUCUAUCAUGUAUUGUAGUCAAAAAUUGAAUGGAAUUUUGUGAAACCAUUGCAGUGCCUUGAAAUAAUGUACAAUAAAAUCUUUACAUUACAGAGUA